GAAUGACCUAGAGCUAGAAUAGCUACACAACUAAAUUUACUUGAACGCAUAUCACAAAGCAUUUCUUAUCAUUAAAUUUCCAAAAUAUUUUUUUUUAUCAUUAUGUUAUUUUAAUACGUUGCAGAAACACACACACACACACAUACACAAUGUCUACGGUUGCGUAUUUUUAUGAUCCCGAUGUUGGAAAUUUUCACUAUGGGCCAGGUCAUCCUAUGAAACCUCACAGAAUAUCUCUCACCCACAGUCUUGUGUUACGCUAUGGACUUCACAAAAAAAUGAAGUUGUAUCGGCCCUAUCAAGCAACAGAGAGGGACAUGUGUCGUUUCCACUCAGAUGAUUACAUUCAGUUCUUAAGCUCAGUUACGCCACAAAAUGUUCAGAGCUUUACUAAAUUCCUUUCAGUCUAUAAUGUUGGAGAAGACUGCCCAGUUUUUGAUGGCAUGUUCGACUUCUGCAAAAUGUACACAGGUGCUUCGUUAGAAGGUGCAGUCAAGUUAAACAACAAUCAAUGUGACAUUGCAAUCAACUGGUCUGGUGGACUGCAUCAUGCUAAAAAAUAUGAGGCAUCAGGGUUCUGUUAUGUGAAUGACAUAGUCAUUGCCAUCUUGGAGUUGUUAAAAUACCACCCUCGUGUUCUGUAUAUUGAUAUUGACAUCCACCAUGGAGAUGGGGUGCAGGAAGCCUUUUAUUUAACAGACAGGGUCAUGAGUGUUUCCUUUCAUAAAUAUGGCCAGUAUUUUUUCCCAGGAACAGGUGAUAUGUAUGAAAUAGGAGCAGAAAGUGGCAGGUAUUACUCUGUGAAUGUACCACUGCUAACUGGAAUUGAUGAUGCUAGCUACAUGCAAGUCUUUAAGCCAAUUAUAAGCAGUGUCAUGGAGUUUUAUAGACCAACAGCAGUAGUUCUACAAUGCGGAGCAGACUCUCUUGGUAGUGACAGGCUUGGAUGUUUUAAUUUGAGUAUAAAAGGCCAUGGGGAGUGUGUUGAAUAUGUCAAGUCGUUCAACCUGCCAGUGCUGGUGCUGGGUGGGGGAGGUUACACUAAAAGAAAUGUGGCUCGCUGCUGGACUUAUGAAACAGCUGUUCUACUAGAGGAACAAAUCAGCAAUGAAAUCCCUUACAAUGAAUACCUGGAAUAUUUUGGACCAGACUUUUUGUUGCAUCCUGAAAUAUUUACCAAGCAAGAUAAUUUAAACACAAGACAGUAUUUAGAUAACAUCAAAACCAGCAUUCUGGAGAACCUGAAGAUGCUGACCCACGCCCCUAGCGUCCAGAUGCAGGACAUUCCAUCAGACCUGCUCAGCCUGGAGAACACAGAGGAAACGGACCCUGACGUGAGAAACUCAACGGAUGACCUGGAUAAAAGAAUUGAGCCGAACAAUGAAUUCUAUGAUGGCGACAAGGACAAUGAUAAGGAAAAUGAUGGUUUUCUUGACGUCUGAUAUUUUAACAUGGACAUUUCAUUUGUUUAUUUUAGUAUGUACAUACAUCCCUAACUCACUGCCACAGGAAAUAAAAACACUCGCUUGCUGACUGUUUAUUCUUAGUUAAAACAAGAGCUUGUUGACACCCUAUUGUGUGUUGAUGAAAUAGCUUUAUGUAUAAAGUUAAUGUUAACUGAAAACCAUGUACCAAUGACACAGUAGGUACAAGAGUUUGUCUAUGUACCUGUUUUUUAACUUUUGUAUAUAUGUAAAAAUAGCAGCAUUAUUUUUAUUUUGUUUGAUAUUUUGUAUUUAAAAAUUACUAAAACUGAUUUUGUAAUUAAAUUUAAUUGGAAGAAUAGUUUUAAAAUGGACUUAAGUAAAUUUGUUAUUUUCAUCUCUUUGAAAGUUUGAAGAACCACCAGAAAACUUUUGUAAUCUGAAUCUGUAUGAUGUUGUGGUUAGAAGUUACAUUUUUAAAGAUACAUUUGUAUGUUGUAACCCAAAUAUACUUUAUAACUAAAUGACAGUUUGAUAGACAUUUGUCAGAAUUUUAUUUGAAAUGUAUCACAAUAUAAAUGUUACUUAUGUUUUAAAAAAAGCACUUUACCUAUAUUGUAGCAAACGAAUAAAAUACCUUAAUAAAACUCUCCUAGCAAAAACAUCUGGUUAUGUUGUAAAUAAAUGGUGACAUGGGCAGAUUGCUGUUUAACCCUCCUAGCCUUUCAAACAUGAAUGACAGCUGAACUAGUUGAUUUACAAUUUGUUAUCUACCCUACUUCAUGUAAACUUUGAAUUGAUGUUAUAAAACUAUUGUGACUUUUAUUGUACUAGUUGGUUUUAAUUCUGUUGUUAUUCCUGUGUUUAAAAAUUGUACCUGCUUUAAAGAAUCUUAGAAAGUUCUGUUUAAAUCUGCUCAUUAUUCAUUUUAUCUACAAAAUGUGUACAUAGUUGUAUAA